AUGGGCGACCAACCGCCCGUCAACGCCCUUUCGGGCCCCACUCUCAGCUACUACAUGCUGUCUUCACUGCCACAGUCCAGCCAAAAACUCACACACGCCCACGAAUGCAUUGCCCUCGCCGCACAUGCAUCCAUGCUCGCAGUCGGCUUCCGCCUUGUUGGCCUCGGCGAAGACCACCGCACCGAAGCCGAAUCAGAUCCUGACCACCCAUCACCUCUACCUGCAGAAUGGAACGCCCAGAGUGGAAGCUACGCCUUUCGAUACAAGCACAGCCAGAGUAGCAUGGAGUAUCUGAUCAAAAUCAACAAGAUGGGCAACAAGGUCAUCGUGAUGGGGAUGGGGAUGGGCGGAGAUGAGAGGACAAGCCAGUUCGAGGUGAAGAUGAGUGAAUGGGUGAGCGAUGGGAACCUACCCUUCGAGAUAGCAGAGGGCACGAGCAAGGAAGAUGCGCAGAGGAGGAUCAACGAGACUUUCAUCUCCGUUGGACGACUCAGCGAUUUCGGCAGUCGCAUGAGAGUCUCUCUGAUCCAGAAACUCGCGCCGGGGCUGCAGAAGGAGGGAUACGAAGAGGUCACACAGGAGCAGAGGGAGGAAGGCAGGAGACCUGCGCCUGGACGUGAGGAUGAUCGGCCUCGAUAUGAUCCUUUGCGGGAAGAGAGAGAUCCGCCUGCGAGACCGUUUCCAUUGCAUGACCCCCUCGCAGCACCUCCACGACGACCCAUGCCGGACCCUAUGCCCGGCUUUGAAGACGAGUUCGAGAUCCAGCGACCACCGAGAGGAAUGCCACAGGGCGGCUUCCCACGAUACGGUGAUCGUGAUCUCUAUCCUCAAGGCCUGGGUCCGAACGACCCUCUACGUGGUGGUGUAGGCCCCGGUUUUGGAGGUCCCAGAGGCGGUGGUGGCAUGCACCCUACAUUCGACGAUCCGCUCUUCGCUGAACAAGGUCAAGGAGGUCCAGGCUUCGAUCCUCAGGCACCUCCAGGUGCGAGGUUUGACCCGCCGUUUGGACCUGGUCAGGGUGGACAUCCACGCGGUGCUGGAAUGGGUGGUCGGCCGCCGAAUCCUUUUGGAGGGUUUGGAGAUGGCGAUUUCAUUUGA